AUGAUAUAAAAAUAGACGAAAGUAGUCUUCUCGGAUGUUCCUUUUUUCCGACCAGUCGAUGAUGAUUGCUUUGGUCAACGUUUCCAAAGAGUCUUGUUCUUUUACUUCCUUAUUUGCGCCAUUGAUUUUGGUGUAAGAAAGAAAGAAAGAAAUAUACAGAGAGAGAGAGAGAUACCCUUCUUUCUUUAGUCUUUUACUCCUUUGCAGCUCGAUUUCUUUCCUUUUAUCUCCUUCGAUUCUUGGCUAUAUAUCAAUUCAAUCUUUUUUGCUUCAAAGACUCCAUUUUUACAAGUCUCCAAAGCUCCAAAGAAAUCGAAAGAAAGUAAAUGAUGGAUGGUGCUGGUGUUGGUGGUGAUACAGAUACCAAUAUGGUGCAGAGAGUGAAUUCAUCUUCUGGUUCUGGUACAUCGUCGUCUUCAUCGAUCCCUAAACAGAGAAAGCCUAAUCUUCUUCACUUGAAUCCUGCUCUUCUCCGCCCUCAGCAGCACCACCACUUCCGUCAGCCUUUCUCCGGACCUCCUCCGCUUCCCAUUCCUCCUGUCUCUCCUUACUCUCAGAUCCCCGCGACUUUGCAACUUAAGCAUUCUCGCUCUCUGUCUCAGCCUUCCUCUUACUUCUCCUUUGAUUCGUUCCCGCCGUUCAUGAACCCUUCUCCCCCGCCGGUUUCUGUGUCGGUGGAGGAGAUAACCGGUGCCGGGUUCACUCCGUCGCAGCUGCCUCCGUCGCCGUUCACGGUGUGUCAUUCUUCUAGCUCUAGGAAUGUUGGAGAUGGGGAGAAUCUGCCGCCGAGGAAGUCUCAUAGGCGUGCGAAUAGUGAUGUUACUUUUGGGUUUAGUUCAACGGUGGCUCAGAAUCAAAAGUCUCCACCUUUGGUUCCUUCCAGGUCUUUGGAGAGAUCCAUCUCUGGUGGUGAUGUUUCAGAUCGGUCCAAUUUGGUGAAGGAAGAACCAAGAGAAGGCUUCUUCAAGGCAAGAGAAGCAGCAGCUAUGGAUGAUGUUUUCACGGCUUACAUGAAUCUUGAUAACAUUGAUGUCUUGAAUUCGUUUGGCGGUGAAGAUGGGAACAAUGGUAAUGAGAAUGUGGAGGAGAUGGAGAGUAGCGGGACGAAGAAGACGAGUCAGGGGGGAAGUAGUAGUGAUUCUGAAGGAGAAAGCAGUGCGAGUGGGAAUGUGAGAGCUGCGGUGAGUUCUUCUUCAGGGGUGAAGAGAAGAGCUGGUGGAGACAUUGAAACGACUACUAGACAUAACCGGAGUGUUUCUAUGGAUAGUAGUCUCAUGGAGAAGUUGAGUUUUGCUGAUGAAAAGCUUCCACCUUCAUCCGCUAAAGUUUCUCCAACCAAUUCAGCUGAAGGGAAUUCAAGUGCUUACAGUGUCGAAUUUGGAAACGGUGAGUUUACUGCAGCUGAAAUGAAGAAGAUUGCAGCUGAUGAGAAACUCGCUGAGAUUGUUAUGGCUGACCCUAAGCGUGUGAAAAGAAUCUUGGCGAAUCGUGUGUCUGCUGCACGCUCAAAGGAGCGGAAGACGCGAUAUAUGGCAGAGUUAGAACACAAGGUGCAGACUCUUCAGACGGAAGCCACUACCCUAUCGGCUCAGCUCACGCAUUUGCAGAGAGAUUCAAUGGGGUUGACGAACCAGAACAGUGAGCUGAAGUUUCGUCUUCAAGCUAUGGAGCAGCAGGCACAACUCCGCGAUGCUUUGUCUGAGAAACUGACUGAAGAAGUCCAGCGCUUGAAACGGGUGAUUGGGGAGCUGAACCGCAGGCAAAGUGGCAGCAGCGAAUCUAACAUAUCAAGGACGUCACUAAACCCAGAGAUGUUUCAGCAGCUUAGCAUCAGCCAGUUACAACACCAGCAGAUGCAUCAUCAUUCCAAUCAGAAUAAUAGCACCAUGAAUGCAAAGCAUACUUCAAACGAAUAGGGUAAGUAGUGCAACCUGCAGCUUCAAGUUACAUAUAUGACAAUAAACUUAUGUGCAGAGUCUGUUUUGGGAAUUUCAUAGAACAUGUCCGGGAAAUUGGAUUGUAAUUUCCUGAAACAUAUACAUAUAUAUGUAUAGUGGUCAUAUAUAUGGAGGCUCUCUUCCUGGACUAAGUGUUAUUCUUCUGUUGUCAGUUAGGGUUUUGUUUCCCUUUGGAUUUUGGAUUUUGGAUUUCUAUGAGACAGACAGUUGUUUAAAGGUUUCUAGAUA